GCCUUCAAUUAUCCCAAGUUCCGAACUCGUUUUCAAUUCUUCCUCAACACCAAUAUCAUUAUUUUCUGAGACUCUGCUGAUCUGAGUAUACUGCUGCCCCAUGGCCACGGAAACUAAAUCAUGUCAACAGCUUCAUGUUAUGUUUCUCCCAUUCAUGGCUCUCGGCCACAGUAUACCUCUUAAUGACAUCGCCAAACUAUUUUCUUCUCACGGCGUAAGAUGCACCAUAGUGACCACUCCCCUCAAUGCACCACUCUUCUCCAAAGCAACCCAAGGAGGUGAAAUUGAACUUGUUAUCAUCAAGUUCCCAUCUGCUGAAGCUGGGUUGCCUCAAGACUGCGAAAGCCCCGAGUUGAUUGCAACACAAGACAUGCUGGGAAAUUUUAUGAAAGCCACCUAUUUAUUUGAACCACAGCUUGAGAAGGUGUUAGAUGAACAUCGUCCUCAUUGCCUUGUUGCUGAUGCUUUCUUUACUCGGGCUACAGAUAUUGCUGCCAAGUUUCAAAUUCCAAGGCUGUAUUUCCACGGAACAGGUUUCUUUGCGUCGUGUGCUUCUCUGAGUGUGAUGAUGUAUCAACCUCAGACGAAGUUGUGUGAUUCAGAGUCAUGCGUCAUUCCUAAUCUCCCCGGCGAGAUAAGGAUGGCUAGAAGUCAGUUACCAUAUUUCCCAAAUGAAGAUGGUGAGUCGGAAUUCCUGAUGAAGAUGAUUGAAGCAUCUAGAGAGGCUGAAGAAAGGAGCUAUGGGGUUAUUGUUAACAGCUUUUAUGAACUGGAGCCAGCUUAUGCAGAUCAUUACAGGAAGGUGUUUGGGAGGAAGGCAUGGCAUAUCGGCCCCGUUUCUAAAUGUAACAAGGCAGUCGAGGAAAAAGGAGAGAGGGGAUCAACAAGAAGCUCGACUGUUGAGAAACAUGAAUGUUUCAAAUGGCUUGAUUCAAAGAAACCGCAUUCGGUUGUUUAUGUAUCAUUCGGAAGCAUGAUCCGUUUUGCUGAAUGUCAGCUGCUAGAAAUUGCAUUAGGCCUUGAGGCUUCUGGACAAGACUUCAUUUGGGUUGUGAAGAAUGAAAAGAAAGAGGUAGAAGAGUGGUUGCCUGAAGGAUUUGAGAAGAGAAUGGAAGGUAAGGGAAUGCUUAUAAGAGAUUGGGCUCCCCAAGUGCUUAUACUUGAGCAUGAAGCAAUAGGAGCAUUUGUGACUCACUGUGGGUGGAACUCUAUCUUAGAAGGAGUGUCUGCCGGGGUUCCGAUGAUCACGUGGCCGUUGUUCGGCGAGCAGUUUUAUAAUGAGAAGUUGGUGACUGAGAUACUUAGAAUUGGGAUUCCUGUAAGUUCUACAAAAUGGGUUUCAUCAUUUUUGGAUGUAAAUGUGGAGAAAGAAGCGAGUGUGAGAAGGGAUGCCAUAGAGGAGGCUGUGACCAGAAUCAUGGUGGGUGAUGAAGUAGUGAAUAUGAGAAGAAGAGUUGAAAAGCUUGGAGAGAAGGCAAUGAUGGCUAUUGAAGAUGGUGGUUCAUCCUCCUCGGAUUUAAUUUCUCUAGUUGAAGAAUUGAAGCACCUUCUUGAGGCUUAGUCUAAAAAGAUAAUUUGUUCGAAACUCCAUUUUCAUAAUUUUUUUUAAUUUACACUCAAUUAAUUAUUUCAACAUUCCUUAUAGAUUUUAUUUUUAUAAAUUCAUUUUUUUUUGCUGGCUUCACUGUUUUGCCCGGUUGAAAAAGAAAAACAUCUCCUAGAUAAGUAGUUACGACUAAUCAAUUUUUGUUUCUUUAUAUAAUCUUUAUUUUAUGUUGCUAAUAUGAACACACAUUCUAAUAUAUGAACACAAAUUUGUAAUU